UUAUCUCAGCAUGCUCAGCCUCUCUUCUCGAUAUUUUCGGAUUAGCGCGACCAACUAAACUCCUUUAGACUUCUGCCAAGUCCUGCUAACUUCUGGACCAAUAAGAGACUUCACAUGUGCUCGCAACCUAAUAUCUCGUAGAGAGUCUGAGAAGAAAUGAUUCCAUCAUGUGUGGAAAAUCAACUUCACUCAUACAAAAUAUUCAAUUAACUUUGAAAUCAUACAUCUACUCUAAAUAUCUGCCUGAUCAUCACUAAACUGAUAUUUUUUGAAUUCUCAGUCAUUCUGCUAUCAUCUCUGCUAUUUUACAACUCACUAUCUCUUCUCAUCAUGUCACAAUCAUUGAUAAAAGACAGUGUGUCUUUUGAAUCUCAAGACACUCAAUGUCAGAUGCACUUCAGUCAAUAUUCUUCAUCACUUGAAGAUGAAUUCUCUCUACAAUCACUACAGUCUCUCAACAAUAUAGAUGAUGAAUAUGACACAUCAGACAGUGACUUAACAGAGCUUGAAUCUAUUGAUACUUCUUCAGAAUUUGAGAUCACUGAUACUGAUACUGAUACCUCAUGA